CGGGAAGCGCCCGGGGGCAGUGGAGCCCAUGUCGGCCUUGAGGCGCUCGGGCUACGGCCCCAGUGACGGUCCGUCUUAUGGGCGCUACUACGGGCCUGGGGCUGGAGAUGUGCCCGUGCACCCACCUCCGCCCAUAUAUUCUCCCCGCCCCGAACCCCCCCAGCCUCCCAUUUCCUGGCGAGUGCGCGGGGGCGGCCCGGCUGAGACCACCUGGCCGGGAGAAGGCGGAGGAGGCGAUGGCUACUAUCCCUCUGGAGGCGCCUGGUCGGAGCCGGGUCGGGCCGGAGGAGGCCACCAGGAGCAGCCACCAUAUCCUAGCUACAAUUCCAACUAUUGGAAUUCUCCUGCCCGACCUCGGGCUCCUUACCCAAGUACAUAUCCUGUAAGACCGGAAAUGCAAGGCCAGAGUUUGAAUUCUUAUACAAAUGGAGCAUAUGGCCCACCAUACCCCACUGGCCCUGGGACAAAUACUGCCUCAUACCCAGGGGCUUAUUACACAUCCGGGUAUGCUCAGACCGGUUACUCCACAGAGGUUCCAAGCACUUACCGUUCACCUGGCAACAGCCCAACCCCAGUCUCUCGUUGGAUGUAUCCCCAGCAGGACUGCCAGACUGAAGCAGCCCCUCUUAGGGGGCAGGUUCCAGGAUAUCCUGCUUCACAGAACCCUGGAAUGAGCGUGCCCCAUUAUCCUUAUGGGGAUGGUAAUCGUAGUGUUCCACAACCAGGACCAACUGUACGAUCCCAGGAGGACUCCUGGGCUCCUCCGGGUGCUUACGGCAUGGGAGCCCGUUACCCCUGGCCUUCAGCUGCCCCCUCAGCACCACCUGGGAGUCUCUACGUGAGCGAGAGCGCUUCAUCAUGGCCGAGCAGUGGCUCUCCUCGGCCACCUCCUUCCCCGCCAGCCCCACAGCCCAAGGAUUCCUCAUACCCCUAUAGCCAAUCAGACCAAGGUAUGAACCGGCACAACUUUCCUUGCAGUGUCCAUCAGUACGAGUCCUCGGGAACAAUGAACAAUGAUAAUUCAGAGCUCUUGGAUUCCCAAGUCCAAUAUAGUGCUGAGCCUCAGCUGUAUGGUAAUGCCACCAACGAACAUCCCAGCAAUCAAGAUCAGAGUAAUAAUCUUCCUGAAGAGUGUUUAUCUUCAGAUGAAGGGACUCCCCCAAGUAUUAAAAAAAUCAUACAUGUGCUGGAGAAGGUCCAAUAUCUUGAGCAAGAAGUAGAAGAGUUCGUAGGAAAAAAGACAGACAAAGCAUACUGGCUUCUGGAAGAAAUGCUAACCAAGGAACUUUUGGAACUGGAUUCAGUUGAAACUGGGGGCCAGGACUCUGUCCGGCAGGCCAGGAAAGAGGCUGUUUGUAAAAUCCAGGCCAUACUGGAAAAAUUGGAAAAAAAAGGAUUAUGAAGGGAUUUAGAACAAAGGGGAAGCCUGUUACUAACUUGACCAAAGAACUCUUGAUUUUGGUUAAUUACCCUCUUUUUGAAAUGCCUGUUGAGGAGAAGAAGCAAUACAUUCCAACUUUCCUUUGAUAUAAAACUUGAAAAACUGGUAAAGGACUUGGAAGAACAGUUGGGUUAUGAGUUGUUUUCAGUUUUCAGACCAAUGAAUGUAAUAGGAAGCUAUGGAGUUAUCAGUAUUGCCAAGUAGACUCACCCCUUAAGAAAUUUAUGGGUAUCUGCAAGCUGCUUCUUAUCAGCGGGAGGGAAAUCCACCUUAUGUAACAGGCUUAUCAGAAACCUACCGGAUAAGACUGGAUGUUGUCUGAGACAAACAGGCUCUGUUUUUUUAAACAUCUGGAUUACUUGUCACAUUUUUGUACAUUGUGACCGCUUUCACCGUACACUUUGUGCGUAAAUUAUAGCUUGGACUUUAGCCUUCUUGGACCUCUGUUUUGUUUUGUUACUUGUAGUUCACAAAUAUAGUGUUAUUCUCUAC